CCAAAUGUCUCUCUUGGCUGAUAUCCUCGACCUUUUGCGGAAUCUCCUAGAGUAUUUUGGAGUCCCUCCCGACAUGUUAGUGCCAGGAUGGGAAAGCCAAUACUGCGGGCAGUAUCGCAGUAUUGUUCGGAUGAUUGGAACUCACCUUCCCUUGACUCCGCCUGCACGAGUUCAUUUUCAGAUCCCUCUGCACAUGUUUCCAAGACACGGUAAUGAUGACUUUUCAACCGACAGACCAGCUAUACCAUCCCUGGCGGAUGUGAUGUUGAUUGCUGAAGAUGAGGGAGAAACCUUUACCAAGUUCAGAUAUGACCUCCGGCCACCCAGUUGGCAUCCUGCCACCCAGUGUGUCAUGAAUCCCCCGGCAGAGGUGUUGGUGCCAGCUCUGCCGGCGAGGAGGAUGCUAGAACGGAGAGGGACCCAGCCUUCCUCAAACAGAGACGCCAUGAGGAAGAUCACAGCCCUGGAGGACGAGCUGCUCCGGCUACGGGCUCAGAUCGCCAUGAUAGUCACCGCACCGUCAGCUACUGUCUCCUUCCAAAGCACUCCCAGUACCCCUAGGGCAUCACCUCCUCCUCCUCCACUUCUCACAUCCACUCCAGCCCCUGCCCCGUGCCUCCCUCCCCCUCCCCCGCCUCCCCCUCCUCCCCCUCCCCUUCCUCAGUGCCCUGGAUCCACUGAAACAUCAGCUCAGGGUUCAAUCAAGAAGUGCCAGGCUACCAGUAAAUGUGAGCAGAGUCCUAAAGCUCAGAAGGCUGCAUCUACAUCUGUAAAAAUGCCUAGUAUGCUGGAUGUACUGAAGGACUUAAAUCAAGUGAAACUCCGUGCAGUGGAGAGGUCCCCAGGAGGAACACCAGUGAUGAAGCGGAGUAAAAAAGCACUUCCCCUCACUGACCCGGCAGCUCUCAUCGCUGAAGCACUGAAGAAAAAAUUUGCACACAGACACAAAGAGGAUUCAUUUGACAAGGAAAAUCGUUCCUUUGAGCUCUCUCCUUUUGGAAGCCCAGAGAUACCAAGUAUCCCUCAUAGCAUCAGGCGAAGUAAGGGAAGAUUACACCUGUGAUCACCAUGUCAACCAGCACGCAAUCACAGCAAGGAUGGAUGUGGCUCAGACUAUC